UACAAUUUGCAACGCUGUAAUAUUGAUGAAGUUACUGGAGGCUGCAAUUUUACUGUCAACUCCUGUCAAAGCAGGCGACAAUGCUUUGGCAUUGAAAUGUAAUCUGAACUAUGCAAUUAACCAAGUAGUGGAAUUAAGCAAAGCACGUAGGGUGGAAUAGUUCAGCACGAAAAGAAAAAAAAUCAAAAUGUAACUUAACCUUACAUGGUACAAAACAUGAUUACACCGUUCGAUGAUUUUGUUUACUUAAUAAAUAAUGUCCUGCUUGGCGAGGAGCCGACGUUCGAAGAUUUCAUCUUAUUGCUUGGCACAAUCGUGGCAUUUGUUGCUUUCGUGCUUUGGUGUUGCUUCCCUGUCGUGCCAAAAGAGCCCCAGACACCAAUGCACUAUGAUGGCAAGGACUAUCAGCUCAAGCAUAGCAGACGCAAGGUUGAUUACUGCAAUACCUGAGUUGUAUUACGGAAACGUUUACUUUCCGAGAUGGAUCAAAAAGGCAUGUGGUUAAUAUUCAUUCAUAAUUUAAGAAUUAUCGCAAAUACCAUUCUCUUAAGUUUCCAAAAAGAAAAGCAUAUAAAUUCUGUGAUUUUUUAAGUUAGUCUGCAUGUACUUUAAUUUGCUUCAAAUGUGAUCAGGUAUUCAACGAUGAUUUACUCAAUGCAAUUUAGGAGUGUACAUGUGUGUUUUAUUGUGAUUGUAAGUCAGUUUUUUGUAAUUUUUAACCCAGAAAAUGCAGAAUGUAUUAUAAAAUAUAUUUUUGUAAGUAAAUCUAAUCAAUAUUUAAGUCUUUAGAAAGAAUAUUUUCAAAUGGAGACAAAUAUGAUUCAACAUUUAUCCACGUAUAAAUCUUCAAAAUCGUUUUAAACAAUUUCAUAGUUAUUUAAAGUAAAGCAUUUUAUACA